AUGCUGAACAUGUUCCUCUCCUAUCUCAAGGCCGAAGUGAGUCGUCCUAGUCCACGUUUACGUCCAGUUCUCUGUGCUGUGCUUGCCUUAAUUUCCUUUAUGCAAAAUGCGAUCAGUAAUCUCGACCAAUUACGCCAACCCAGUUCAGUUGGACGGGUCCAUCAUGCUAAGUCUAGUAGCUCUGGGUGUCGGGGAGUGCGUGAUCGCACUGAAACGCGCCUGUUCAAGAUUGCCGGGCUCCUUUUAUAAAGAAACAAGCGGAUUACUUACAAAUCGGACGACUUUUUGCCACCGUCAUGGUCACUGCUGCUCAAGAGUAAUAUGUCGUCAAUUUUCUCCGUCUCGGAUCUGCAAAUGACGAUAUUUCUAUUUUAAGCCUUUCAGCGUCCACAGCAGUCCUAAAAGGCUGUGUUCAUUAGUUCAUUUCUUCGCCUGUAUAUGCAAGUAGGCGAGCCACGUAUACGAAAUCGGUGUGUGCUCAACAAAAUCUCCAUCUAAACGUGCCAAUACAUCUAAUUAGACCAUUGUUCAACGUUACGAUGGGCUCUUGAUGUAUUGGAUACAUUCCGAACGCCCCCGUAUUUUUCUUGACGCUAUCAAAUUGGACAAUUGUCCUCACCGACCUGACUGCCAUUUCUGUGUACCGUCAAUUCGGGCAACUUCAAGUUACAUGACACAUCACGACCCUUUGAUCCGGCUUGAACCAUGUGUUAAUUGUGUAUGAGAUUACUUCAGCCCUUCCUCUUCGAACCGCCUUGGCAGGACGACAAGAGCAACCUCAUUGUGUAAUUGCAACAACUCGAUGUCAUCCUAUAUCACAGUGAGCUGUUACCGUACCAGGAUUCUUUUCAGUCGAUUAUGCUGCUGAACUGUCAUCAUCCUGCUCAUUGAUUAAGAUACCCCAGUUUCUUAACUGAAUGCGACAUUUCGGACGAGCUCGGACUCAACAGCCAUCAGCCAAAAGUGGCGAUUCCGUAGUCCUGGCUGCAGGCUGGUUGCAUAUAACGGGUCUCGCUUGUGAUCCACUCUCCCUUCAAGGUUGCCGGCUGGUUUUUCUGAAACGGAGUUGAGCACGCUGCCAGGCGUUUUAUCUUCCAUUUCUACCCGAGUCUUGGGUUAUCACGAGGGUAAUUGCGCGGUCACCGAUGCCGGUUCGAGUUAGUGGGUGCUGUAAAAUCUGGUGGACUGCCUAGCGUUUAUUUUGGUAAACUUGCUUUUUCCUCACCGACACGUUCCCCCUUCGUUUACUUAAACGACCCAAAGUAGCUUUUCUUGACUGGGAUCGCAUAAAAAUAACAACUUAAGAGUUUCCAGCAAUUUCACACAAAGCAGACUUCAUACUCACCUUGUCUGGAGCCAGUAAAACGUUCGUAAUCCCUUUUUGAGUGGUUUCGGUUACAGAAGUUACCCUAAUGUUUGAUUGUUUUUCUGUUUCCUCAAAAACCCGUCGCCAACAGGUCACGGAAACCUCUUUAUAACUGCAAUCGAGCUCCUCUCGCAAUUCGUACGGCUAUCUUCUGUCGAUAUCGUCCCAGCACCAUCUUCUAAUACGCUUAGUUCAUCUGUAGAAUACACCUCGACAUCUUGACAGAUCGGGCAGUGUUCAGGAAGUGAGUUAGUUAAAUGGAAUGUGCAAAACGCAUUAUUGAAUGUCGAACGGAUAUGAGAGUUUGCUCUGGACAGCAGUGUAGCGAUAGCGGCCCAGAAUGCAGCAGUACUUCUUACCGCCUAGUUCCAUUAGCCGUUACAGGGAUUCGCACGGAGUGGAACUGCAAAUUGCAACGAAAUCAGCAAAACAGACUGUCGCUGUUGUUGGUAGUUACGGUGGUUGGUUCAUUCAACUCCAACUCAGAGUGCGACCUAUUUCUGUCUGAUCAUUGCACUAAUAUCAUCCAGCAGACAUGCAGCCUGUACCAGCUUGUUUCCCUGUAAUUUUUCUAAUUUUUUUACAGUAGUCUCAGGGGCUUCUCUUCCCACCCCCCGCAUCUGUAUGUGUGUAUUGCACCUUUUAGGACUAUGGAGAAAUGGUCCGUCUGGUGGAAGACAUCGAAGCCCUUCAUACACAUCAAAGUAUGAUUAGUCUUCCUGCCAUCCAGUACUACUAUGCAUUUGCUUUGAAUCGCCGCAACGGGAAGGGCGACCGAGAAAAGGCCCUUAAAGUAAUCAAUGAGGUACGUGAUCCCAGUAAAGUUCUUCCGCCUAUUUUUCCCAAACGACAUUUCGACCGUCGCAAGCGACGAGGCCAAGUGCCGUCCCGAGGAAGGCGCAGCGGUGACUAUUUAUAGUGAAAAAGAAUUGUGUUACGUUUACCUCACUCUGUUUCUACACUCAUCAUCUUCCAAUGAUAAGGAAAUGCCAACAUGGGAUAUGGGCUCGGGCGCCGUGCCCAACAACGCCAACCAACCCAUCUACGCCUGCUACACACCUGCAGGUCCCAAACUCAGAGGAAGAAGGGGUCCGCAUAAGGAUAAAGUAACACAAAAGUCGCACUAAUAAGCCGCUACAGUCUAACUCAGUCUUCAUCAGGAAUGAGUCAGUCCGUCAGUUAGAGAACCUCCAGUGUACGGUUGUUAGUGCGUAAUGAUAAUCGUAGAGCACCUUUACUUAUUUAUCAUGAAAAGACUAGGCGUUGGAUCUGAGCUGGAUCGACCUCGCCCUGUCGUUGUUCCCCAUCCCGUACCAGCGGCAACUCCUUAUCGAACUAAAUGGAGAUGAGAUUGUACGCCGUGGCCGACGAGGUGUAGAGCCACCGUCCGUCACGUGCCACCUACAGGUCAGAAUCCCACUUGAAUUGGCGGUGUCAUAAAGCUCACAUUAAGAAGCUAUUGCAGUCAGACCCUCGCUCCAAAGGAGAUUCGAACUGUCCCAUCAGACAGCAACCUGCCAGGCUAUUGUUUUUUUGUGGUGGAGAAUAUUGUGAAGUAUCGUGAGUAAGAAUACCCCAGAACUCUCCUCACUGUCCUGUUUCGUAUGCACCCAGUGGUUUGUCUACGUGCGGAUCUGCUGCGGUCACAGUGGCUGCCAUGGCGUAAGUCCUCCGCCUAGCGCAUGCAAUAUGCGCAAUAUAGUCGCCUGUCCUCACGACAGUGUCAAACCACACAGUCCGGAUUACGCAUGAGCAGUUGGUGUUGUUUUAGCACGCGUGAAUGAUUAGACAGGUACAUGCGGUGACUGAAGGUGCUGGGUUUGUGUGGUCACAAGUGUUGAAUGAUAUUAUAGCGAUCAGUAUUGUGUAUUUGCAUGCGCUCAAAUGGGCCCUUGCGAUGGUGAACGUGUGCGUACAGAGUGCACAGGGCUGUUGACCGGGGCACCCGACGCUGAUUCCACGGUCGUUCUGCGGUGACUUAUUUUUGUGUUUGUCCACAUUAAUACAUGAUUGAAAUGCGUUGUCACCAUGUGGACAUGUUCGCGCUAUGUCGGGACCUCUGGUAAUUACUGUCUGGAUCCUGAAUUUCCCCCUCUUUGACGGCUACGUGGGUUUCCAACAAGGGCUAACUGAGACGGGAGAUCGGUAUUGCGGUUAGGACAGAUGCGCGUGAGGGGGUUCGUCCACGAUGGUGGUGUUUUGUUAUGUCGGGUAUGGGUUGGUGGUGCUUCAAUUUUGGCUGAAUCCGAAGAUACCUAACAAGGUUGAGCCUGACCAUUAGCGGGCAUCGACAGGGGUCAGGCGUUGGUGGCGUUGGUUCGCUUCACAUCACUGUGGCUUGAAUUGUAACUGUGCACCGGCCUCCUUUGUUUGAUUGUUAUGCCGAUAUCUGCUUUAAUUCUUGCUGUUGUCCGUCAUGGCCUUUGGCUCUGUUCAAGUAUUUUCCUGGUCUUGUGGUUACCUUGGGAGUACUUGCAGGAAGUGUUGCGGUGUUUCUGCCCACCCUGUCUGCGAGCACCCGUAACGACCUCUCCACAGAAGGGUCACUGUGACUGGCGCUCGUCCGCCCUCUUCACAAUGGGAUGAUCCCCGCGAAGUUGGAUCUACUUCAGCAUGACGUGGAUGCCGAGUACGUCAGUUCUUUCCAGGACCUGGGUGUUUGCGUUUCGCCCUCGUGAUUUUACCUUUAAUGUUCUCCGAGGACAACUUGGGUAGAGUGGGUUGAGCUCCAUCGUUUGACUUUGGUAGACUGCCUAACACCACGAAAGUGUCCUCAGGAUGACAGCCCUGUACAACCUGAAUUUCGUGUUCAGGCGGAUCUCACGGCGAUCUCAGAUUGGGCAUUAUCGUCUGCCAAAAGUCCUCGAUUUUUAUGGUCCAUGUUUAAUCCGUUGCCCUUAUCUUGUCUCGAAGGUUUCGUAAUACCACGUUCGAUAUUAAAAGCACUAACCAAUGUCUCUAAUCCCCAUCUUGCCGGUGGAUUCUACCAUCAUUCCUUUUUUCCCUUAGACCUGUUCUUUUACUGUAACCAAAUCAGGCAAUUCGGGUCUCGCCCAUUUCUUGCCGAUUUUGAAUAUGGUUAUUUGGUCUUCGGUUUACCUUCUAACAGGUCCUCCGAACCUGUGAAAUUCCCUCGCCUGACAUGUACGGCCUUGUGGGGCGUAUUCACAAGGACCGUUUCAUCGAGUCAGGCUGUACUGACAAGGAAGCCCUAAAAUUGGCCAUCGACGGUUAUCGGCGAGGAUUUGAAAGACACAACAACGAAUACUUGGGUGUUAAUCUGGCCACCCUCCUAGUCAUUGACGGAGCUGAUAUGUCCUCGGGUCAGGAGCUGCAGUUCGUCUGUGAGUAAGCCGUCCAUGCACUCCUUUUCUUAAAGGUUCUCAACUUGCGCCUGUCCGCUGCGCACGCGCCGACACGCCCUCUUAG